CGCGGGAAGAGGCGGGGGCUGGCGGCAGCCGCAGCGGGAGCGGUGCUGCGAGCGGAGCCGCCGGAGCUGCUCGCCCUGAGCUUUGCAGUUGAACGCCAUGAAUGCCAGCGGCCCCGGCUACCCGUUAGCCUCUCUCUACGUGGGGGACCUCCACCCAGACGUGACCGAAGCCAUGCUCUACGAGAAGUUCUCGCCCGCCGGGCCCAUCAUGUCCAUCCGGGUCUGCCGGGAUGUUGCCACGCGCCGAUCGCUGGGCUACGCCUACAUAAACUUCCAGCAGCCGGCGGAUGCUGAGCGAGCCCUGGAUACCAUGAACUUUGAGGUGAUCAAAGGCCGUCCUAUCCGUAUCAUGUGGUCCCAGCGAGACCCCGGGCUCAGGAAAUCAGGGGUUGGAAAUGUAUUUAUCAAGAAUCUGGAUGACUCCAUUGAUAACAAAGCCCUGUAUGACACGUUCUCGGCCUUUGGGAACAUCCUGUCCUGCAAGGUGGUCUGUGAUGAAAACGGAUCCCGUGGCUAUGGCUUUGUUCAUUUUGAGACUCAGGAGGCAGCAACUCGGGCCAUCGAGACCAUGAACGGGAUGCUGCUCAACGACCGCAAGGUGUUUGUUGGCCACUUCAAAUCCCGCAAAGAGCGCGAUGCAGAGUUUGGGGCUAGGGCAACGGAGUUCACCAACGUCUACAUCAAGAACUUUGGGGAUGACAUGGAUGAUGACAGACUGCGGGAAAUAUUCUCCAAGUUUGGAAAGACUCUGAGCGUCAAAGUCAUGAUGGACAGCUCUGGCCGCUCGAAGGGCUUUGGGUUUGUGAACUUCGAGAAGCACGAAGAAGCCCAGAAGGCCGUGGCCGACAUGAACGGGAAGGAGAUCAACGGGCGGGUGGUGUACGUGGGCCGGGCACAGAAGCGGCUGGAGCGGCAGAGCGAGCUGAAACGGAAAUUUGAGCAGAUCAAGCAGGAGCGAGUGAGCAGGUACCAGGGGGUCAACCUGUAUGUGAAGAACCUGGACGAUGGGAUAGACGACGAGCGGCUGAGGAAGGAGUUCUCUCCCUACGGCACCAUCACCAGCGCGAAGGUGAUGACAGAGGGUGGCCACAGCAAAGGGUUUGGCUUUGUAUGUUUUUCCUCCCCAGAAGAGGCUACCAAGGCCGUGACCGAAAUGAACGGGCGGAUCGUCAGCACUAAGCCUCUCUACGUCGCCCUCGCCCAAAGGAAAGAGGAGCGGAAAGCAAUUCUCACCAACCAGUACAUGCAGCGAUUAGCUACCAUGAGGGCCCUGCCCGGCCCCCUCCUUGGCUCCUUCCAGCCCCCCCCGGGGUACUUCCUACCCCCCAUCCCUCAGCCACAAACCAGAGCUACUUUCUACAGCCCUAGCCCAGUUGUCCCCGUCCGCCCCGCCACUCGCUGGAGUGCGCAGCCCUCCCGGCCUCCCCCGUAUCCUUCAGCCACCCCCAUCCUGAGAGCUGCCGUGCAGCCCCGGCGCCUGCUGUCCAACAUCAGCACCAUGAGACAGGCGUCCACCCAAGUGCCUCGCGUGCCCCCCCAGGCCCAGAGAGUGGCCAACAUAGGGACGCAGACGGUCAGCGCCCGGGUGCCCUCCUCGCCCACCCUGCCGCGGGGCGCCCCGCAGUACAAGUACUCGCCGGCCGUGAGGAACAUCCAGCCGCUGGGCAGCGUGCCGCCCGGGGCCCCGCAGGUGGGAGAACCCGCUGUGCAUGUCCAGGGGCAGGAGCCGCUGACAGCAUCCAUGCUUGCAGCAGCCCCUCCUCAGGAGCAGAAGCAAAUGAUAGGUGAGCGCCUCUACCCUCUGAUCCACGCGAUGCACGCCUCGCUGGCUGGCAAGAUCACGGGGAUGCUGCUGGAGAUCGACAACUCGGAGCUGCUGCUCCUCCUGGAGUCCCCCGACUCCCUGCACUCCAAGAUCGAGGAAGCUGUGGCUGUUCUCCAGGCGCACCAGGCCACCGAGACGUCGCACAAGGGCAGCGCGGCGGCGUUCCUGCAGUGAGCCCAGGAUUGGGAGCAAGUCCUGACAACAUUGCCUUGGCAGAACAACAGCAGCCACCCCGCCGUGCUUCUGGAAUUAUGACUGUAUAGCGACACUGGUCUGCCUUCAAUGCCCCAUCCUGUUUUCUUGUGCGUAUUGUAAACCCUGCUGCUUCCUCCCUGCACCUGUAUAAAAAUUCCAAAGUUAAUUCUCUUCUCUUCUGAAAGUGUCUUGUGAGAUGUAGUGUGGAACCCAGCCCAGUUCGGUUGCCCAGGAAAUGACAAGUGCAGAUGAAUCAUCCUUUUAGUGAAUUGAUUGGGUUCUGUAGUUUUACUUGUUCCUGUAGCUGACACUAAUAAAGAACUGAUGCUUCCACUCCCCAAAGCAUGGGUUAGUUUCCUUUGCAGAAGGGCAGCAAAUGCUGUGUCUGUUUCAUGCAGGUGGAGGGACAGACUCAAGCCAAGCUGUUGUAAUUAGUGCUUGAAGCUCGUGGUGUUGGCAGGGUGGCAGUCCCCAGAGCUGGCUCAGGGUCAGGAACUGCUGUAUAGGAUUAAACGAACAAAUUGCUGACCGACAGCUCUCCUGAUCCUUCCACUCUCAAAGGGUGACUUUGAGCAAAUUUCACAGCAUCCACUUCCAUUCUUAUCCUUUCUAGCUAGCCCUUUUAAUUUUCUUUUAAAAGGCUUCAUCCUCUUGCGGUUUUUCCUUUGUAACAGAGCUUGUAUGCCUGCAGAGUACUGGGACUGAGUACCUUCUGGUCAUCAUACUGCGUGGCUCUGGUGCGCAAGACCCAGCUUGAGAUACUGUGACCAAAAUCUGUAAAUCAGAACUUGCUUCUCCCAUGGGUUUUUCUGACCAAUUUCAAGGACCGAAAACACUGAUAAUUGCACCCUGGCUCAGUGGGAUGCUCUGCUCAUGGGCAUCAAGGCCUGUUAUUGCUGUUUUCUGUGCUCUCAGCCUCUCCUGGAGCAUGCUGCAGUUGCUAUAGUCAUCCGGGCCUUAAUGCUUUGCUCUUCCUAUUUAGGAAUGGAAUUCCAUUCCCUGGAGGCUCCUUGGUGCUGUCAAUGUAUUGACCUUAUUUGACUGCUUUUCCUAGUCUAUAGGAGCACACCUCCAUCAGCACAAGCUACCUGCUUUCUAUCCAGCGUGUGUGCUGGUGCUGCUCUCUUGGGCUUGCUUCUGUGCUGUAUCAUACCCUGACUUCAGCUCGUUGCUGAUUCAUCCCUCCUACCUCUUGUUUUCCUUCCAGCAUUUUAAUAGCACUUACAUAUUUGCUCUUCCAUGGUAUAUGUUCUGCUCAGCUGGGAUUCUUUCCUGGGGCUUUUCUUCAUUCCUGCUCUGAUCUCCUUAAGUAUUUCUUUUUGUUACAGAGGAUGC